UGGAUGUAGUUAGUCUUCUUCUAGUGCAUUGCUCUCGUAGUUGAUUCGACGUUGUUUCGGGCGUUUUUGAUAAGGAAUCUUCCGGAACGAUCGCGAGAACAGCUGUGAUUGGAUUUUUUGAAUCAAUAAAGUACUCAGAAACAUGGAAUUAUGUAGAGCUUUCAAAUGUGGUACUGCAGUGUUAUUUUAUGUAGUCUAUUUUCUCAGAACAGUAAUGUACGUGAAUGGAGUUGAACAUUAUUUUAAUGAUCCCGAAAAACAAACAUCAGUCAAUGGUCCAAAAUCUGAUGAUUUUCUAUUCUUUUAUCAAGGAGUGGAAGGAACACCUGGUGUGGACUUCCCAGUCUAUUCCCAUAUUCCCAGAACCACGUUCAGCUGCAAAGGAUUGGAGUCUGGAUAUUAUGCUGAUCUAGACACUGAAUGCCAGGUUUUCCACAUCUGUGAAGAAGAAAAGAAAAUAUCAUUUCUUUGUCCAAACGGGACAAUCUUCCAGCAGACCGACCUGAUCUGCGAAUGGUGGUUCAAAGUUAACUGCAGUACUUCUCCUUAUCUAUACGAAGAAAGCGCUGAAAAUCUAAGAGAAGACACGGCGAGAAGAAAGUUCAAUAGAAAAGUUAAGCUGAAUAGUCAGGAGAAAAGCUCCACGCAGUUUAAAGAAAACUCUUUCCUAGACAAAACCGAUGAAAAUAAGUACAACGACCAAUAUUUUAUUAACAAAAGAAAUAACCACGUAGCACCUAACCAAAAUGUUUAUAGACAUAAUUCUGAUCAAAUUAAACAACUAAGAGAAACAAAACCCAUUGCUCAAACUUCUACAACCUUGAAACCUACUACAAUUACUAGGAACAAUUACGAAACUAAUAGUCCAAAACAACCUAAACCUACUAACCAUGCGAGAAAUAGAAUAUCACACCAAAAAACUCGUAGGUUUAACGAGAAUGAAUUAGGUAACUAUGAAAACUCAGACUAUGACAAGUUUAUCUAUUCUACCACUACCACUACAUUCGCAACUCCUACUGAAAACUAUUUUGAUAAUGUUAGGAAAACACAAAGAGGUUAUCACGUGCAAUUUUCACAAUCAAGCAGCGAAGUAAAAGAUGUUACUCCUAACCAGGCAUCAGGUAUAAAUCAAGGACCUGAGUAUAACAAAGAAGAAGCCAGUACCACUGAUAACUAUCAAUUAGAGUUUCACAGUCAUGUUAGAAACACCCAUAAGUCUGGUGAUAACCGAAUAAAUAACAAAUCUGAUACUAAAAAUUCUGUUGAGAGAAAAGUGACUGAAAAUUUUACCUCAGAUGAAACACAAACUCCACAAGAAACAGCUUCUUUUGUGAAAACUUCAUUUAACAGCAUUCAUGAUUCUUCUUCGUUUAAUCCUUUUCCUAACCAUAGAACCACUUACUCAGACUUAAAAACUCUCCCUUAUAUAUCAACCAAAGUGUACAGCACAAUUUCGUCAGUGACUCCUCAGUACAUCACCACACAACCAAUAAAUAAUGGAAAACCAUUUUUAGGCAGCAGAGUUGGACUUAAAAUUAAAUCCACAAAAGACUCACUUUUCAUCAACCCACAAGUUAUUACAAGCACUACCAAGAUCGACAAAUCUCUAGAUGCGGACGAUGUGUUUAGAGUACAUGUGGUAGCAGCAGCUGAAAAGAACGUCACUAAUUCAAGUUUGGUUACACCAAAGGUAAUAGAAAAAAUCCUCUUUGGCAAAAUUAAACCCAUAGAGGAAUCAACCAUGUCCUUACUACGAGAUGCUACAGAGAAAACAACGGAACAGAUUUUAGCUACAGGUCUCGUUUCUUCUAUAACUGAUUCUCCAAUUAUAACUGCGAAAUCUAACUCAAAAGAAAAGACUGAUAUACCUAAGAAGCUAGUAAAAACUACUUUCCUUACUACAAAACCAUUCCUUAUACGUUUAGAAGAAAGCCUUGCUCCUCAACCUUCGACGACAAGAAGUACCACAACAAGAUCUACAACCACGCGAGCCCCAACAACCAGGUUUAUAACUAAAACAACUGCUGCAACAAGAACAACUACAACAACGACUCGUAAACCUAGAACUCCAGAUUUCGCUGUUGUAUAUGGAACAUACUCCUCAACAACACCUUCGACAAUAUCAAGUAUCCCAAGCAAUAGUGUACAGAUCAAGUUUAACAAGACUGUUGAUAAAGUUGCUGUUCAUCUAGGAAAAUCUUUUGGAUCUCCAUCAGCAAAGCCUGUAAGUGUUGUGAAGAAUAUUGACUUAAUUAAGACAGAAAUAAUACAAUCUAGUACUGUAAAACCCAGAACUGUCUCCAGUAAUGGAGAGAUUCUAUUACAGCAUUCAAGUAACUCACUUAUACAAUCCUUAUAUGACAACGAUAAAAUUAAAAAUUCUAACAAAUUUUAUGUAACAAAAUCUCAGAGAGUAUCAUCAACAACCGCCAGAUCCAUAGAUCUUGAUGAUAAUAGAAUUUACAAUUUAACAGUUAGAAGUACCACACAGCAACCAAGAGGUUUCCAAAGAUUCAUAAAUGAAGCUUCCACUGUACCAACAAUAUACGACAACACAGCCAAACCUCAUUCAUAUCUUGAUUACAAAAUCUCCACAGCUAGUCCCUUUAAAUCCAUCAGCUCUUCAGAACCAACUCAACCAACGCCGUUCUUUAGUUCUACUCCCACCUCCAUAGAUGAAAAUGUUGAUAAUAUGAUCGAUGUGCUUACUGCUAUAACUAAAGAAAAAGCAAUGAUAUCUGGAGGCCCAAGACCUGGUCUUGUGGUACCACCUUCCGUUGGACCUCAAACGUUACAUACUCUUUCAGUAUACUUUGCUAAUGCGUUAGACGAAGUGAUUGCAAAAAAAGUCAAGGAAUCUGGAAAAUAUCCCGACAAGUUUAUGAUGGAAAAUAAAGAUAAAUUAACAACUUUACUUACUCAGAUGACAGUACAUGGUUAUAAUCAAUUAUUUAAUCAAAAGCAAAUAAAAAACGUGUCUUUAAGUGAUAAACCUUUAAGUACUGAUAGUAAAAAUGAAACAGAGAAGCAAGAUUUUAAAUUAGAAAAUCCCCAGAUUAGACAAUUAGCGAGAAACUUUACUUUGGCUUUAUCAGCUUACCUCAACGAUCCUGAUAUGUUCAGAAGAGAUUUAGAAAACUUAAGACCAACAGAACCACCUUCAGAUAUUGAUGUUGAAACAACCACUGAAUUUAGCGGAAUAGAUGAAGAAUUGCUAAAUUAUUCUGACGAUGAUACCAAAACCAGUUAUCCACCAGUCUUCACAACUUCACAAUCACCUUCACCAACCUGGGGUUUCAUUAUAGCAGCCAAGUCUCCCAAUUCUAUAGACGUUGACAAUGUCAUAGGUUCAGACUUGAAUACUGCUGAUACCCAAUCAUUUGUCCCAGGCUUAAACGAUAUCAACAGCAAUAGCAAUAAAAAACAAGUUGAGAUCUUAAAGGAGUUACCAGAUGACCAUUGGACCACUUCCACAAGUGCCACUGAUUUGUGGAAAAGUACUUUCUCCAUAGAUCCAUCUUUAUUAAACGAAGAGUUUGAUCCCUCUGCUCCUUAUCCCUUCCUAUUCGAUUCAUCAACAGAAACCGUAGAAACUGAGUUAACAACUGUUGAGAGUCUUCCGGCAAUUGGCCAGUCAGUAGAAGUAAACUAUGAGCUUAAAAGUUUGCCUAACUUUUCAAUUAAUUCGUCAGAAGUUUCUGGAAUUUUGAUAGACUUUAUGAAUAACUCAAGUGAUGACAGUCACAAUAAAUUACAUAGGAUAUUAAGAAAAUUAAACACCACCGAAAAUGAGUUUUUACUUAAAAUGAAGGAGAUAGAAGGUAAUCCAGUAACAAGACGAUUAAUUCUUCUUUUGAUCAGUGAGUGUGGUAAAAACGCUACAGAAGAUAUAAAAAAACAUAAGGAAGGUAGAGCGGAUUCUUUAGAAUCUCUAGAAGAAGAUACUGUUGUUCCUAGUCAGAUUAAUGAAGAAGUGUCAGACCAAAAGCAAGAUUCCAUUAGUAGCCUUCUAGGAGGGGCAGAAAGGUACUCUAAGAAGGAAGACGAUCAAGACACCAGAGCGCUACAGCUAUUAAACACUUUGUAUAGCAUAGCUUCAAAAUUGGGGAAAUAAUAGACUUGCCAAUAGUUUUAUUGUAUAAUACGGCCAUAUUGAUACAAAGUGAACAUAUUUGAAAUCGAAAGUUACCACAUUUUUUAGAGUCGUAAUGUUGCUGUUUUAUAUUCUAGCUAAUGUACAAAAAAUAAAAUAUAUUUUAACAAUUAUACAGUGCUAGUCAAAAUCCCCUCCCCCUCGUAUCUUUUAAACGGUUAUAUUUUAAUAUUGAAAUUUGGAGGGAGGAAAUAAACAGACUUAGGCUUCCCAAUUAGUCAUGAGGUCAUAGUCAUAGAAGACGUUAGAGAGCCACUGUGACUGAUAACUCUAAACAGGACCUUCUGGUAAGUGAUAUCUCGUUUUAAAAGUUAUAGUUCAGAGAAAUAAGGAAAAAAAAUAGCCUGUUGGUGACACAACCCCCUCCAGGCCGAAACCAAAUUUUUUGAGUAAUAUAGACAUCUAUAAUAAUAACCUAUAUAUUUCCUGCAGCCGAUUUUGAUGAUAUACAUAGUUAUAAACAAAUGAAGAUCAAAAAACUUCAAUAUGGCGUUUGCUUAAUAUGUCUAUCCUUAGUGGUUGCUUAGAAAAUUGCAAAAUAAAUAAUAAAUUUUGAGUUUUUAUAAAUAUUUAUAACUUAUGUAAAAAUUAACUUAGAACCUUCUUAUUACACGGAAUGCUGAGACUUAUGGUGCUUAAUUCAUACCCUAAAUUUCGAAGAAAUUGGUCAAAUAGUUUAAAAGUUAUUUAAUUUGUUUAUCCCAAUUUUUUUUUUUUUGCAACACUGUAAGUCAGAAAAUGAUGAAGCUACAGUAAUACUUUGGAUAGUUUAUGAAAGAAGGAAAUUUACAGUAUUAAUUUAAUUAAAAAAAAAUUACAAAAAAUAAUUAUAAAUAUUGCAAAAUUAUUUUGCAAAAACAUGUGAAUUGAAUAAAUGGGGGGGGGGGGGGGUAACUUUGUCACUAAUUGUCCUAGGACAGUUGUUUUUCUUUCUAAAUGUGUAUAAAAAUUCAGUCUUUCUAAAUAUGAAAAAAUAAUUUUUCUACAGGUAACGGUUAAGAAGUUAUUCUAAUUGUUUAUAAGUAAGCAAAAAAUCGACAUGUUUUUUCAAAAUAAUUUUACACUGUUUAAAAUUAUUUUUUGUCAUUUAUUUUUAAUAAUGGUAAUAGUAUAAAUAUUCUUCUUUCAUAAACUGUCCGAAGUAUGAUUGUAGCCUCAUAAUUUUCUGACUUGUAGUGUUGCAAAAAAAAUGAAUUUGGGAUAAACAAAUUAAAUAACUUUUAAACUAUUUGACCAAUUGCUUUGAAAUUUAAAAUAUAAUUUAAGUACAAGAAGUAUCAGCAUUCCGUGUAAUAAGAAGGUUCUAAGUUAAUUUUUACAUAGGUUAUGAAUAUUUUUAAAAACUCAAAAUUUAUGAUUUAUUUUGCAAUUUUCUAAGCAACCAAUAAGGAUGGACAUAUUCAGCGAACGCCAUAUUGAAGUUUUUUAUACGAUUUAUGAGUUUCUUACACUCAAAUUUGUUUAAAGUGCUUAACUUUUUGGUAAUAUACGAAAAAAGCGAAAAUUUAGGGUUUUUUGAUCUUCAUUUGUUUAUAACUAUGUAUAUCAUCAAAAUCGGCUGCAGGAAACAUAUAGGUUAAUAAUAUAGAUGUCCAUACUACUCAAAAAAUUUGGUUUCGGCCUGGAGGGGGAUGUGUCACGAGAAAAAUCUUAUUUCUCUGGACUAUUAUUGAAAAUAUCUGUUCAAUCAUACUAAUUUUAUUUAGGUUUAAGCUAAUUUUGAUGAAUAGAUUAAAUAAACUCUAAAAUUGUAGUUUCGCACAUAAUUAGUAAAUAUUUAAGAACCAGUUCUUAGAUUAAGUGUUCAAAAUGUGCGUCAUCUACUUCCUGACAGAAAUGAAUCCUAUUUCUAAACUCUUGUCGUAGGUACUCGUUCAAAUUUGCCGGAGGAAAUUUUCCUACAUUAUUCAAAAAUUCGUUGUUUGAAAACCUUAGAUUAUAUUAUGUAAAUACCCCCACAGAAAAAAUCUCAUGUGAUGUACGGUGACCAAGCUGGCUCUACGAUCAUCUAGAUAACGACUCCCUGCAUCAUAAGUGUGCAGGAGCACGAUCUUGUUGAAACGUUAUUUUCAAAUUGCUGAAUUCAUCUGGAUUAUCCUUCUGAAUCUCAAGAAUUAACGGCCCAAUUACGUUUUGUAAUACCUCCAGAUACAUUUCAUCGGUUAAGUUAGUAUUUAGAACAACAGGCCCAGCUACAUAUGGUUUAACCGUUGAUUGAUAAAUACCAUGAUGAUAAACCAUAAUGAUUGAUAAACCAGUAUAUUUAUCAGUCAACGGUUUAACAUUUACUUUUUCUAAAUUGUUGUAUGCAUAGAGAGUAUAUUUUUUACGAAAAACAUGGGAUAUGUGUCACGGCAAUAUUUCACAUUGUGGGUGUCAACAUUUCCAUUGCGGGAAAAAGUAGUUUCGUCACUAAAACAAAUUGUUUUUAUGUAGUGUAGCUGUCGGUUAAUUUGAUUGGACAUAUUUUCACAGAAUUCUAGUCUUCGAUCGGGGUCAUCAUUUAAAAGUUGGUGCAAAUUUUUUAAUUUGUAUGGAUGCAAUUUGUUUUUAACCAACACCCAGCGUACUGUCCUUUGACUGAUUUCACAGAUAGACCUUGAGCUGUAGAAGAAGUAGAGUUCAUUACUAUUUCUGCAAUUAUGUCAAUUUUUUGUCAUUACCAAUUGUUGAUCGACUAGAUCUAGUGGCAUCUUGAACACUACUUGUUUCUUCAAACUUCCGAAGAAGCUACUACAAAUAAGUCUUCGACAUUGAAGAAUUGCAAAACGUCAAUUUUUUUGACAAAUAACCAGAGGCAGUUUUUAUGAUCUUUACUAAUUAAAUGCGAAACUACAAUUUUAAUAUUUAUUUAAUUUCUUCAUCAAAAUCAGCUUUACCCAAGAAAAAUUAGCAUGAUUGAAUAGGUAUGUUCAAUAUCUUUCAAAUCAAAUAUUACUUGCCAUAAGGUCCCAUUUAAAAGUAUCGGUCGCAAUGGCUCUGUAACGUCAUCUAUAUCUAUGACAUGUUAUGACUAGUUAAGAAGCCACUGUCUGUUUAUUUCUACCCUCCAAAUUUCACUGUCAUAAGUCUACCCGUUCAAAAAAUAUAAAAGGGGGGCGGGACCUUUUGCUAGCAUUGUAUAACCACAACGAAAUAUUUAAGAUAAAAAAUAUACAGAAGCAAUAAUUUCUAAUUAAUAUACCCAUUUUUGUUAUUCUUUAUAUUUACUUACAUAACGACGGACGAUUAGUAUCAGGUUAUUAGUUGUAAUUUUUCAAUUUUCUCUUGUAGACGGGACUGUAUCGUCGCCUCCGUUAGCAAAAUUAUUCCGAUUCGAUUUUUUUGCACAAACUUUCUCAAAAAGAGGUCCUUAUAACAAAUCCACAGGGUGCCAGGCGGUGCCGUGGUCAAAAAAUUUUUUAAACAACUUUUUUAAACAAAUUCAUAAAAAAAAUUUUUCAUUUCGAACGAGUUUUUUUACAUAAUUUGAGUCCUUCUAAGCAAAAAAAGUCUCUUAUCAUUUCUCUCUAAGAUUGAUUGGUGUCGAGUUAUACGCGAUUUAAAAUUUGAAAGUGAAAAAAUGGCCAUUUUCGAGGCUUAAUAACUCGAUUAAAAAUUAUAUUAUGAAAGUUAGAAAGCAAUCAAAUAAUAGUUUUAAACCCCUCCUUCAAGAUACUGAAGAGAAUUUUAUCAUUAUUUUAUUACAAAGCUGUUAUUUUUAAUUAUUAACAAUGACCGCUAUAGUACAAGCUGUAUCGUCGCCCCCGUUAGCGAAAUUAUUUCGAUUUGAUUUUUUUGCACAAACUUACUCAAAAAGAGGUCCUUAUAACAAAUUCACAGGGUGCCAGGCGGUACCUUGGUCGAAAAAUUGUUUAAACAAUUUUUUUAAACAAAUUCACAAAAAUAAUUUUUUCACCUCGAAAAUUUUUUUUAGAUAAUUUGGCUCAUUCUGAGAAAAAAAGGAAUUUUGUGGUUUUUCUCUAAAAUUUGUUGUUGUCGAGUUAAACGCUAUUUAAAAUUUUAAAAAUGCGAAAACGGUCGUAUAACUCGACAACAAUCAAUUUUAGAGAAAAAUCACAAGAGACCUGUUUCGCUCAGAAUGACCCAAAUUAUCUAAAAAAAAAUUGUUCAAAGUGAACAAAUAAUUUUUGUAAACUUGUUAAAAAAAUUGUUUAAACAAUUUUUCGACCAAGGUACCGUCUGGCACUCUGUGGAUUUGUUAUAAACACCUCUUUUUGAGUAAGUUCGCUAACGGGGGUGACGAUACAGUCUGGACUACAGCGCUAAUUGUUAAUAAUGAAAAAUAACUGCUUUAUAAUAUAAUAAUGACAAAAAAUUCUUCAGGAUCUUGAAGGAGGGGUACCAAACUUUGAUUUGAUCAUUUUCUGACUUUCAUAAUAUAAUUUUAAAUCGAGUUAUUAAGACUUCAAAAUGGUUAUUUUUGCAUUUUUUUAAUUUUAAAUCGCGAUAAUUUGGGUCAUUCUGAGAAAAAAAACGUAUUUUGUGGUUUUUCUCUAAAAUUGAUUGUAGUCGAGUUAAACGCGAUUUAAAAUUUUAAAAAUGCGAAAAUGGCAGUAUAGCUCGACAACAAUCAAUUUUAGAGAAUAAUGUCGAGCGACAUUGUUUGCUCAGAAUCAGCCAAAUUAUCUAAAAAAAUUGGUUCAAAAUGAAAAAAAAAAUUGUGAAUUUGUUUAAGAAAAAUUAUUUAAAAAAUUUUUCGACCACGGCACCCCUGGCGCCCUGUGGACUUGUUAAAAUAUUUGAGAAAGGUUGUGCAAAAAAAUCGAAUCGGAAUAAUUUCGCUAACGGGGGCGACGAUACAGACCAGUCUAUUGGUCGUUGCUUUAGAUUUUACUCAUGUUCUUUUUCAUUUUUUAAAUUUUUUUACCAUUUAAAUACAGGGUGUCCCGAAAAGAUUGGUCAUAAAUUAUACCACACAUUCUGGGGUCAAAAAUAGAUUGAUUGAACCUAACUUACCUUAGUACAAAUGUGCACAUAAAAAGAGUUACAGCCCUUUGAAAUUACAAAAUGAAAAUCGAUUUUUUUCAAUAUAUCAAAAACUAUUAGAGAUUUUUUAUUGAAAAUGGACAUGUAUCAUUCUUAUGGCAGGAACAUCUUAAAACAAAAUUAUAGUGAAGUUUGUCCACCUCAUAAAAAUUGUAUGGGGGUUUUGUUCCAUUAAACCCCCCCAAACUUUUGUGUACGUUCCAAUUAAUUCAUUAUUGUGGUACCAUUAGUUAAACACAGCGUUUUUAAAACUUUUUUACCUCUUAGUAUUUUUUCGAUAAUCCAGUUUUUAUCGAGAUGCGGCUUCUUUUUUAAUAUAUUUACAUAAAAAUUUUAUGGGGGUUUUGUUCCUUUAAACCCCCAAAUGUUUGUGUACGUUGCAAUUAUACUAUUAUUGUGGUACCAUUAGUUAAACACAGUGUUUUUAAAACUUUGUUGCCUCUUAGUAUUUUUUGACAAGUCAUAUUUUAUCGAGAUAUGGCUUCUUUUUCAAAAUAUACAUAAGAAUGUAAAUUAUAAAUAAAUUUUCAGAUUAUUAACAGGUCUUUACGAUCGUACUUAAUCAUAUAAAAAUAUGUGGUGGAUUCGACGAAUAUUCAAAAUAUGUCGAUAAACACUGGCUUAUCGAAAAAGUACUAAGAGGCAAAAAAGUUUUAAAAAUAUUGUGUUUAACUAAUGGUGCCACAAUACUAAUUUAAUUGGAACGUACACAAAAGUUUGGGGGGGUUUAAAAAAACAAAACACCCAUAAAAUUUUUAUGGGGUGAACAAAUUUGACUUUAAUUUUUUUUUUAAGAUGAUGCUUC